AGUUUCAGUGCGAUUUCUCAACGCUUCAGACGUCGUUUGUUGUAUUAUCAUUUAAAUCUCGAAUAAAAUUCUUUCGUCGCGUUCAAUUGCGUGAUUGACUUCAGUUCUUUUGAAAUAAUAAAAAUAACGUGAAAAAUAAACAGACGGAUCGUGAAAAGUUUUGCAAAAAGUUUCCUCAAACUAUUGAGAAAAGUUGUUGACAUACUUUCCUUGUUGUCUCCGUGCAAUUAAAGCCACUUUUGUUAAUCGUGAAGAGCUCGUUUCUUCAUCAGACAGAAAACAUAAAAUUAUGAAAAUCUUUUGCAUCGCUGCAAUAUUUGUUACAGCAGUGUCGAUUGUCACAGCUGAUUACCGAGGCACAGAAAUAGUCAUGAAUAUUCUAACGUCAUUUUUGACAACACCAACAUUUGAAAAGGAGACAACAACUGAAGCUUCAGGUAUACUUCCUAAGAUUUUAAAUCCACUUCAUUGGAUUCCAAAUUUUGAGGAUAUUCCUUGGUCGCCUGAUUCCGAACUAACCACGCCUGAGAUUGCAACUCGUCACGGAUAUUUAUCAGAAACUCACACGAUUAUAACUGAAGAUGGUUACAUGCUGAAUAUUCAUCGAAUUCCAUGUGGACGAUCAGGAUGUGGUGAUGGCGAACGACAACCAGUUUUUCUUCAACAUGGAAUUCUAGCGAGUUCGGCUGAUUGGGUCAUAAGUGGGCCAAACAAGGCACUUGCAUUUAUUCUAGCAGAUUUGGGUUAUGACGUUUGGCUUGGCAAUGCCCGAGGCAAUACUUACAGUCGUCAUCAUGUAAGCAUGUCGAACAGCGAUAAGAAAUACUGGGAUUUCAGUUUUCAUGAAAUGGCAAUCUAUGACAUUCCAGCGGAAAUUGAUUUCAUUUACAGUCAUAGGAAAAGAACCCUUGGUGUUAAUUUCACUGAAAAUAAUUUAAUUUACAUUGGACAUUCGAUGGGAACAACGAUGAACUUUGUGUUAUUAAGUGAGAAGCCAGAGUACAACGAAAAGAUUAAACUUUUUAUUGCUUUAGCUCCAGUUGCUUUCAUGACUCACAUCAAAUCGCCGAUAAGGUUUCUUGCUCCUUUUUCCAAAGACAUUGAGUCAAUUAUGAAAUUCUUUGGACAGAAUGAAUUUUUGCCUCAGAAUCGUAUCAUUAAAUGGCUUUCAAAAUAUGGAUGUGAAUUGAAUGAAGCUGAGAAAUAUAUUUGUGAAAACACGGUAUUUGUUAUUUGUGGGUUUGAUAAGGAACAAUACAAUGCAACUUUAAUGCCGGUUAUCUUCGCGCACACUCCAGCAGGAACAUCAACAAAGACUGUCGUUCACUAUGCACAGGAAAUUCAUGAAAGUGGAAAUUUCCAAAACUUUGAUUAUGGACCAGAAGAGAAUUUCAAUCGCUAUGGAAAUGAAGUUCCACCCACUUACAAUCUUCAAAACAUUGCAACACCUGUCGCUUUGUUUUACGCUCAAAAUGAUUGGCUUGCUGGUUAUCAAGAUGUGAAGAAACUUUACCAGAAUCUUCCAAGUCAAUCAACAAAAGCUCUCAUUAAAGUUGCUUUAGAUGAGUUUAAUCAUGUUGACUUUCUAUGGGGCAUUGAUGCACCAGAACUUCGAACAUUACUUCAAAUCUACGACAUUCCCAUUGAGUUUCUUGACUUUGAAUAUAUCAAUGGAUGUAACGAUGGUAAAGUUCUUGAAAAAGUUGUGAAAAUUUUACGAUCUGGUGAGGAAGGUUUCUAUCCAGACCUCACGAAACAUGCUGAAGAAAAAUUGAAGUUGAUUAAACCUGACAGUAAACUUUUUUGGACCGAAUUUCCCGUAUUGAAAAAAGAAACUUUGGGUGAAGACAAACAAAAUGAAAUUGAGGCUGAAAUGAAAUCUUGGAUUAGUGACAUGAAGAAACAAGAUAAUAUCGUAAAACAAAUCGACGCUACAUCAAAACCACAACCACCAAUUCGUCAAGUUAAGGUUGAGACAAUCAACAAUGAAACAAUGAAAUCAAAAAAUUGUCACAGAAUCAAGUCAACCGAUUACUCAAAAUGGGAUAAAUAUAAUGUCGACGAUGCCAUACAUGAAAUUGAAAUAGCAGAAGAACGACAACUUGAGUUGAUAGAAGAGAAGAACAAGAAAAAUGCUGAAAAGACGAAAUUAAUCGAAGAGAUUGUCGAUGAUGAAGUCGAUUGUCUUAGCGACUUUGAGAAAGAUUACCUGGCGAUGAAACUAAAGGAGAAAGGAAACGAAUGUUAUAAAGCUAAAGAUUAUGAUGAAGCGAUUAAAGAAUACACGCAAAGCUUGAGAAUAAAGAAAACUGCUGCGGCUUUUAAUAAUCGAGCUCUUGUCUAUCUCAAACUUAAGAAGUUCUUAAAAGUAAUUUCCGACACCAACGAAUGUUUAAGAAUUGAACCUGAGAAUAUCAAAGCUUUGAUUCGUAAAGGAGAAGCAUUCAUCGGUGAAAGUAUGUUGAAUGAAGCACGCGAUGUCUUCGAAAAAGUUCUCGAAAUUGAGGUGAACAAUAAAAUUGCACAAUUGGAACUUGCAGCAUUAGACAAGAAACUUCCACCAAAAAAUGCUUUUCGAAUGAAGAUUGAAGAGAUCAACGACGAUGAAGACGUUAAAAAGCCGAUUAAGAAAAUUAUCAAAAAUUCAGGAAAACUUGAAGUUUCUGACACUAAAAAUGUUCCAAAAUUGGUUCAAAAUAUUUACGUUGAAGAACCGACACCAUUUGAUAAGCUGAUAAAGAAAGAAAGCAAACCACGUGAGAAACUGAUUCUUCCUAAUGAAAAUCAAAAGAAAAAAUGCAGUCCAAUGAUACAAGAAAUAUUUUAA